GGCUGUUGUGACUUAACAGUAUCAACAUGUCAGCUGCUUCAUUCAGGUUCAUCGUCAUUGUUCUCACUGUUCAUAUUGGUAUAGUAUUAGGUUCCUCGCUUCGACUAGCUGGAGGAACACGUUACAAAGGACGUCUUGAGGUCUACAUUGAAAGGCAAUGGGGUACAGUAUGCGAUGAUAUGUGGGGUUAUAGUGAUGCACUUGUGGCCUGUCGUGAACUAGGCUUUGGAGAUCCAAAGCAGGCCAUAAUCUCAUCAUUUCCAGGAGGAAGUUUUACUCAAAGCAUACUCUUAGAUGAUGUUAGCUGUACUGGUUUAGAGUCUAGUCUUUUGUCAUGUUCACAUACUAAUAAAAAUAAUCACGACUGCGCUCACGACGAAGAUGUGGCCAUAGAAUGCUAUCCAACAGCUGUAACUUGUGAGGUCGGAUGGACUUCAUUUAAAGGAAGCUGUUAUAAAUACUAUUCCACCCAAGCAUCUUGGCACCUAGCCAGGAGUUCGUGUCAAAAUAAAGGAGCAGAUUUGGUCGUGGUGAGAAAUAGUGCAGAGAACACCUUCCUUUACACCACACUUGCCCGUUGGAACGAUGUGUGGAUCGGCUUUACAGAUUUGGCAGUGGAGGGUACAUUUAAAUGGGUUGAAUCGGGCACAAUAUCCGACUAUGAUGAUUUCGCUUAUGGUCAACCAAACCAAUAUGGAAAUGAAGACUGUGUUAAAAUAUCUGAUUAUUUUUCUGGUAGAUGGGACGAUUUUUCGUGCAGCACUCAAUAUGCUUAUGUGUGCCAAAUAAAUUUAGAUCACGAAAACCCACGACUUGACGGUUGUCCAGAAGGAAUAACUGUUGGAACGGAACAGGGAAAAAAGUACGCAGAAGUCAGAUGGACGGAACCAGUUGCAUAUGAUAAUGUAGAAAUUUAUACAGAAACAAAAUCGCAUUCGCCAGGAGAUAGGUUUGAGCUCGUGGACGGAAAAACAACAGUUUACACUGUGCGAUACUGGGUACAAGAUUCUAGAGCAAAUGAAGCAGAAUGUCUCUUCAAUGUAACUGUCAUUGAUAACGAGCCACCAGAGCUGCAAUGUCCACAGAAAACAUCCAAUUACUAUAAGACCAAUUACGGAUUUAUCCACGCCUCUACGGACGACGGAAGUCCUAAUGGCACAAUUACAUGGACACCAUCGGUUGCUAGAGAUAAUAGCGGGAUUUCACCUAUCAUUAACAAUUUUCCUAACAAACCAGGUGAAGUGUACCCAAUGAAGUAUUUUCCGCCAUACACAACUACAAUUACAGCAACUGACGUAUCGGGCAACUCAAGAAAAUGUGUUUUACAUUUUGCUGUUGUAGAUACUGAAGGCCCUGUUGUAAGCUGUCCAACGUACUCAAACAACAUGAUUUCUAACGUAUCUACAUCUUCCUGGUCAGUGUUCACUGAUAGGGCCUCCAGUUCUGCUCGGUUAUAUUGGUCACCAGCUAACGCUACGGACAACAGUGGGACUGUGGUGUCUGUUACCUCAAAUUAUAACCCCGGGGACGUAUUUCCGGCUAGUAUUGUUUCCCAUCAAAUAACGUACACUGCAAUCGAUAAACAUAACAACAUGGGCAAUUGCUCAUUCUUUAUAACAGUUGAAGAUUUGGAAUGUCCAUCAGUCGAAUGUCCGUCUCAAUUAUAUUCAAAAUCUCCUUUCUUAAUAUGGAACAUUACACUCAGCGAUAACACUGGAGUACUUCACUGGAUGGCAAACGACUCUCGUGUUGUGCCGUCUAACUCUACCCUAAAUCACACUGAUAUCACCUUAGCACAAAAUGGAACCUUUUCAGCUGGUACAAGUUUCAUUGAAUAUGUAGUGAGAGAUAUGUCUGGAAAUAUAGGGGAAUGUUUACUUGCAAUCACUGUCGAAGACUUGGAAAAACCGUCAAUAAUUUGUCCCAGUAAUUUCUCUAAUUACUAUGAUUAUGUAUUUGGUUUUCAUCGCCUUGUUGCCGAUUACAAUCGGUCAUAUGCAACAGUCACGUGGCCUUCUCCAGAGGUCAACGACAACAGUCAAGAGCCUGUCACGUGGGAAAGUUUCCCAUAUAAAUCAGGUGAUAAGUUUCCUAUUCGACAGUUUCCACCAUACACUGUACAAUUCACUGCAACCGAUCAAUCUGGCAAUAAUAUAUCCUGUUACGUAUAUUUUACAAUAGUAGAUAUCGAACCACCGAUUAUCACAUGUCCAACAAAUAUCACAAAUUACCACGAUACAUACUUCGGCAUUGUCAGAGCUGCAAUCGAUUCGGGUUCCAAAACAAGUACAGUAACUUGGGAUUACCCUACUAUGUCUGACAACAGCGAAGGUCAUGUAAAGAUGACGUCAACCUACCAAUCUGGUGAAAGUUUUGCACCAAGAUUGUAUCCACCUUAUGAAGUAGAGUUUACUGCUGAAGAUGAAUCUGGAAACAAGAAUACCUGUAAAUUAUACUUCCUUGUAACAAGCAAGUUCACUGAUGGCAAAUAAAUUAAGUUUUCGCAACAUUAGCAUAUGAAUUCGCAUGGCCUCACCAGUUUCUGAUCCAUCUUAGUGUGAAUUGUUUUUCUUUGUUAAAAUUUUUUUUUUUAUUGACGCUUCUGCUAGCAAAAUGUAAACAUAAACUUAGGAGUGGCAUAAAUUUAAAUGGAUAAAUAUAUUCUUUGUUAUCUGCAACUUCCUGAAAGACAUCCAUAUGCCCAUUUUACCCUUUAUCUUGCUUUUAUAUAUAAAAUCAAUUCCUAAACAGAAUGUUGUCAGUAUUUGUAUUUGUUUUAGUGAUACAAAUAAAUACAAACUUAUAAUAUA